AUGGCAGCUCCCGGACACGCGGCCGCCCCUAAGCCACUGUCGAGUGCUGGCUCGGCAGACACAAAUGGCAUCAACGGACACGGCGGCGGCACCAAUGGACACGCCAAUGGAGACGGCGAAAAGAUAAUCACGAUCAACGGCAACCACGUCUUGACGCUGCAACAGAAACACGUCGUCCUGGAGCACACUGCUCAGGAGGCAUACGAAGAAGGUAGUGGCAUCUGCGGCCUUUCGCUCGGGACCGCUGGCUCACCCGAUACCACGAUUGCUCUCUACAAUGUUCUCUGGGCCGAGCGCGAUGGCACCAACCUCCACAUCACCCACGCCCAGCCGACGUCCAAACACAAGUUCCGCCCUGUGACGGCCACGGUGGACAUCUCGGCCAACAGCGCCGAAGCUGUCGAUCGGCUGGUCGAGGCACUGCUCUCCAGAGCCUACGGCCAGGCCAAGCGCCAGAAGAGGGCCAAGGUGCUCGUCAACCCCCACGCAGGCCCCGGAGGCGCCAUCAACAAGUGGCACCACGAUGUCGAGCCUCUGUUCAAGGCGGCCCGCAUGACGAUUGACAUGCAAAAGACUGUGCGGUCCGGCGAGGCCAUUGCCAUUGCUCGCGACCUCGACAUUGCCCAGUUCGACACCAUUGUUGCGUGUUCUGGGGAUGGGCUCCCCCACGAGAUCAUCAACGGGCUCGGUGUCCGCGCCGACUCGCGUCACGCGCUCGAGAAGAUUGCCGUGUGCCAGAUCCCCUGCGGCUCGGGCAACGCCCUGUCGUGCAGCACGUUUGGGACGUACCAAGCCGGCGAGGCGGCCCUGGCCCUCAUCAAGGGCGUGGAUACGGUCAUAGAUCUGACGAGCAUCACGACGGGCGAGGACCGCAAGCUCAGCUUCCUCAGCCAGGUCGUGGGCAUCAUCGCCGAGGCCGACCUCGGCACGGAGCACAUGCGAUGGAUGGGCAACCACCGAUUCACUGUCGGCGUGGCGCAGAGGAUUUUCAAGAAAAAGGCGUAUCCCUGUGAUGUUGCCGUCAAGAUCGAGCUGGACGGCAAGGAGACCAUUCGAACGCAUUACCGGGAGAAGCUCAAUGCCGCGCCGGUGACGAUGACCAAGGCAGACGGCGCCGGCCUGCCUCCGCUCAAGUACGGCACGAUCAACGACGCGCUGCCCGAGGACGGCUGGGUGUCGGUCAAGUACGACAACAUGGGCAACUUUUAUGCCGGCAACAUGCCGCUCGUGGCGCCCGAGUCCAACUUUUUCCCAGCGUCGCUGCCCAACGACGGACUGCUCGACCUCGUCACGAUUGACAGCGACAUAUCCAUCCUCAAGCAGAUUGGCAUACUGACGGCCGUGGGCGACGACAGCACGGGCUUUUUCGCCAAUGCCGAUGUCAGCUACCGCAAGGUGACGGCGUACCGGUUCACGCCGCGCGACCAGAAGGACGGCUACAUCAGCAUUGACGGCGAGAAGUUUCCGUUUGCCCCUUUCCAGGCCGAGAUCCAUCCGGGGCUCGGCAAGACGUAUUCAAAGACGGGGCGGUACGAGGCGAUUGGGGUGUAG